GCGGGAUGAAAUAGGUGUUGGCGGAGGCGGAGGAGAGUGAGGGUGUGUUGCGGUCACGGGUUCUUGUGGGAGGAACGUCAUUGGUGAUAAUUUUGUGUUUGUGGCGCUUUAAUUCCACUUCCCGGCCUCCUCUGCCCUUCAUCCACACAGAGUCAGGAUGGCACAGAGAACAAGUGUGCAGCGGCCUAGUGGUGGAGGACAGGGCAAGAUCUGUCAGUUCAAGCUGGUGCUGCUUGGGGAGUCUGCUGUGGGCAAGUCAUCUCUCGUCCUAAGAUUUGUCAAGGGACAGUUUCAUGAAUACCAGGAGUCUACAAUUGGUGCUGCCUUCCUGACCCAGACUGUAUGUUUGGAUGAUACUACUGUCAAAUUUGAGAUCUGGGACACAGCUGGCCAAGAGAGGUACCACAGUCUAGCCCCUAUGUAUUACCGCGGUGCCCAGGCAGCUAUCGUUGUUUAUGACAUUACAAAUCAGGACACAUUUGGUCGGGCCAAAACCUGGGUGAAGGAGCUGCAGCGGCAGGCAUCCCCCAACAUUGUGAUAGCACUGGCUGGUAACAAAGCUGAUUUGGCCAACAAGAGGAUGGUAGAGUAUGAGGAAGCACAGACUUAUGCUGAAGAAAACUCCCUCCUCUUCAUGGAGACAUCUGCCAAAACUGCCAUGAAUGUAAAUGAUAUAUUUCUGGCAAUAGCCAAAAAACUGCCAAAGAGUGACAACAGUGCGACUGGUUCCCAACGGGAAGGGAUGACCCUGAGACCUUCAGACCCGACACCAGGCCCUGCUGGCUGUUGCAAGUGAUCACCUUCAGCACAGGUGGAACAAUGUGAUGCUAGUGUAAGUUACAAUACCCAGCUGCUGGUAGCUCACUUUUCUCCAUUGGACUUGAAGAUUACAACAUUCCUGGGUUCAAAUUUUAUGCAUGGGUCUCAGCUUGUUAAAAAGGAUCGGUUAACUUUGGAAAUAAAUCUUGUCAAGCCUCGGUUAUUUAAUGUGUCAGGUUUUGAGAUUCAGAACCAUAACUCUGAAAGUACUCAUCAUUAAAGAAUAUGUGAUCUGUUUUUUUAGCAAAACCUUGUACGUAUUGGGCAUCUGUGAAUCACACGGGCCACUCUCUGCCGGGCCUGUCGGAGCUCAUGAGUUUGUGGAACAUACCGUAAUUGUUAUGUAACUUGAUUUCCAUUUGUUACUUGGUAUCAUUUGCACAUUGUAUUGUCAUUCCCAUUAUUUAUCAAUUCUAGUAGUUUAUACCCUCCACCCAAACUUGCAAGUAUGUGUUAGAAAUUUUAAAAAGGAACUCCUGGAUGGACACACUAGGUUCACCGUGCGGCGAGAGUGAGUGAUGAUCUCGGCUCCUGGAGUCAGCGCAUGAGUGGCCAUCGCCGCCCAGACUAUUUAAUACCUGCUCACUCACCUCAGUGGAGGAUGGAAGGAUGUGGUGUUUAUCCAGCUUUAUGUGCAGAGCUGAUAGUUGUGUGUUGUACAGCGACCAAGGCUGGUCUUUACACAGUUGAGUUCUAGCUAACAUGGUCAUACAUGGAGCAUCGAGUCUUGCUCAUGUGGCAUUUCUGUACACCAGUAAAAACCAUCACACUUCAUUAAAAUCGUCACUUCUUGUGCUUGACCAUGAUUGGCCAUGUGACAAUGUAUAUUAUCUAUUUACAUUUCUUUUUAUAAUGUAGGGAAGAAUUUCUAUGUCACUUGUACAUGUCACUUGUACAUUUUUUGUUAUCUUGUGGGCAACAUUGGACUUGGGCGGCUGGAGCCCAGGGAGGGGCUGGCUACGCCCAAGUCUGAUACACUUCCAACUGAAAAGCUAUUGAGCAUCAUGAUUAUGGUGAUGCCAAUUUUGUGCUGCUCUGAGGAAGAGGCCUCCAAAUGUGCCCAUCACAGUUAUAGAAUUUCCAGUCUUGUUUCUGCCUUAAAUUUUGUAAAAUCCCUAAAUAUAUAUUAGUUAUAGUUAUAAAUAUGAUUAUUAUAUACAGUUAUUGAAACUAUAUUAUUUUAGCUGCUUAUAAACAAGCCUAUUCUGGCCAUGUGCCAGGCUGGUUUCAAUCAGUCAUGAACUUUACCAGUUAAGUUUGAAUUUUAUUUUCCUGUAUUAAAAUUGUUAUUAUUGAAAACUGUUAUCCUAGGGGUCAAACUUGAUUGGCACAUCAUCUAGUAAAUACUUGGCGUGCUCCAUUGUGCUCAGGAACUCUUGUUGAGGUGGUUCAGCCUCCCGAGCUUGGCACAAUGGACCACUUUGUGUGUACACUGAACUGCAAAGUCAGACUACAAUCUUGUACAGUUAAAAGUACCUAUUAUAAAUAAUAAAAGGAUAAGAAGUUA